UAUCUCUCUCUCUCUCCAACACUCCCAACUUUCUCCCCUCUAUUAAGUUCCAAGCUUCUUUCAAUCUGAAGUGAACAACAUAUUCCAAACAGCAUGAUGCUCUUUGACAGACAGAAAGUGAUCCCUUCCACUGUGGUUGCCAGCUCUGUCAGAAGGACGUCCCAGUGCAACAUUUUAAAAAGGCCAGACAGUUCUCAGCCGUUUGACUUUGGCUUGGAGCUAUAGACUGAUAACAGAGUACACACCUAAUGGAUUACUACACGGCAGUGGAGGCUGGUGGGAGGAGCUAUAGACUGAUAACAGAGUACACACCUAAUGGAUUACUACACAGCAGUGGAGGCUGGUGGGAGGAGCUAUAGACUGAUAACAGAGUACACACCUAAUGGAUUACUACACAGCAGUGGAGGCUGGUGGGAGGAGCUAUAGACUGAUAGCAGAGUACACACCUAAUGGAUUACUACACAGCAGUGGAGGCUGGUGGGAGGAGCUAUAGACUGAUAACAGAGUACACACCUAAUGGAUUACUACACAGCAGUGGAGGCUGGUGGGAGGAGCUAUAGACUGAUAGCAGAGUACACACCUAAUGGAUUACUACACAGCAGUGGAGGCUGGUGGGAGGAGCUAUAGACUGAUAGCAGAGUACACACCUAAUGGAUUACUACACAGCAGUGGAGGCUGGUGGGAGGAGCUAUAGACUGAUAACAGAGUACACACCUAAUGGAUUACUACACAGCAGUGGAGGCUGGUGGGAGGAGCUAUAGACUGAUAACAGAGUACACACCUAAUGGAUUACUACACAGCAGUGGAGGCUGGUGGGAGGAGCUAUAGACUGAUAACAGAGUACACACCUAAUGGAUUACUACACAGCAGUGGAGGCUGGUGGGAGGAGCUAUAGACUGAUAACAGGGGCUGUGCCCCAACCUGGGACCUGUCCCUGGGACUCCACCACUCUGUCCCCUGAUGUGGGACCUAUCCCUGGGACACUCACUCACUCCACCGCUCUGUCCCCUGAUGUGGGACCUAUCCCUGACACACUCACUCACUCCACCGCCAUGGCCCCUGAUGUGGGACCUAUCCCUGACACACUCACUCACUCCACCACUCUGUCCCCUGAUGUGGGACCUAUCCCUGGGACACUCACUCACUCCACCGCCAUGGCCCCUGAUGUGGGACCUAUCCCUGACACACUCACUCACUCCACCACUCUGUCCCCUGAUGUGGGACCUAUCCCUGGGACACUCACUCACUCCACUGCCAUGGCCCCUGAUGUGGGACCUAUCCCUGGGACACUCACUCACUCCACCGCUCUGUCCCCUGAUGUGGGACCUAUCCCUGGGACACUCACUCACUCCACCGCCAUGGCCCCUGAUGUGGGACCUAUCCCUGGGACACUCACUCACUCCACCACUCUGGCCCCUGAUGUGGGACCUAUCCCUGGGACACUCACUCACUCCACCGCUCUGUCCCCUGAUGUGGGACCUAUCCCUGAGACACUCACUCACUCCACCGCUCUGUCCCCUGAUGUGGGACCUAUCCCUGGGACACUCACUCACUCCACCACUCUGUCCCGUGAUGUGGGACCUAUCCCUGGGACACUCACUCACUCCACCGCCAUGGCCCCUGAUGUGGGACCUAUCCCUGGGACACUCACUCACUCCACCGCUCUGUCCCCUGAUGUGGGACCUAUCCCUGGGACACUCACUCACUCCACCGCUCUGUCCCCUGAUGUGGGACCUAUCCCUGGGACACUCACUCACUCCACCGCCAUGGCCCCUGAUGUGGGACCUAUCCCUGGGACACUCACUCACUCCACCGCUCUGUCCCCUGAUGUGGGACCUAUCCCUGGGACACUCACUCACUCCACCGCCAUGGCCCCUGAUGUGGGACCUAUCCCUGGGACACUCACUCACUCCACCACUCUGGCCCCUGAUGUGGGACCUAUCCCUGACACACUCACUCACUCCACCACUCUGGCCCCUGAUGUGGGACCUAUCCCUGGGACACUCACUCACUCCACCGCCAUGGCCCCUGAUGUGGGACCUAUCCCUGGGACACUCACUCACUCCACCACUCUGUCCCGUGAUGUGGGACCUAUCCCUGGGACACUCACUCACUCCACCGCCAUGGCCCCUGAUGUGGGACCUAUCCCUGGGACACUCACUCACUCCACCGCUCUGUCCCCUGAUGUGGGACCUAUCCCUGGGACACUCACUCACUCCACCGCCAUGGCCCCUGAUGUGGGACCUAUCCCUGGGACACUCACUCACUCCACCACUCUGGCCCCUGAUGUGGGACCUAUCCCUGGGACACUCACUCACUCCACCGCCAUGGCCCCUGAUGUGGGACCUAUCCCUGGGACACUCACUCACUCCACCACUCUGUCCCCUGAUGUGGGACCUAUCCCUGGGACACUCACUCACUCCACCGCCAUGGCCCCUGAUGUGGGACCUAUCCCUGGGACACUCACUCACUCCACCACUCUGUCCCCUGAUGUGGGACCUAUCCCUGGGACACUCACUCACUCCACCACUCUGUCCCCUGAUGUGGGACCUAUCCCUGGGACACUCACUCACUCCACCACUCUGUCCCCUGAUGUGGGACCUAUCCCUGGGACACUCACUCACUCCACCACUCUGUCCCCUGAUGUGGGACCUAUCCCUGGGACACUCACUCACUCCACCGCUCUGUCCCCUGAUGUGGGACCUAUCCCUGGGACACUCACUCACUCCACCGCUCUGUCCCCUGAUGUGGGACCUAUCCCUGGGACACUCACUCCCUCCACCGCCAUGGCCCCUGAUGUGGGACCUAUCCCUGGGACACUCACUCACUCCACCGCUCUGUCCCCUGAUGUGGGACCUAUCCCUGGGACACUCACUCACUCCACCGCUCUGUCCCCUGAUGUGGGACCUAUCCCUGGGACACUCACUCCACCGCCAUGGCCCCUGAUGUGGGACCUAUCCCUGGGACACUCACUCACUCCACCGCUCUGUCCCCUGAUGUGGGACCUAUCCGUGGGACACUCAAUCUGUCUACCACCACUGUCAGCGCUUGGCGUUAAUUGCCACCCAGGGCUGAAUUAUCACCUCACACACACACACACACCACACCACACCACGCACAUGCAAACGCACACGCAUGCACAAAACAUUAAUGGUAUCUGCGGGUAUACAUUAUACAUAUACACUGAGUGUACAAAACAUUAAGAACACCUGCUCUUUCAUGACAUAGACUGACCA